UUAAACAAUAGGGAACAAUGAAAUAUAUUAGCAUAUGCCUGGCUGUGAUAUUCCUUUUUAGUUGCAGCUUCCUCUUCGGCAAGAUCCAUGGACUUCUGCGUCGCUGUUACCAGUGCCGCUCCCGCGGCGAUCUGGGAAGCUGUAAGGACCCCUUCAAUUUCAACGCCACCGACGUGGACCACGAGCCCGGCCUGGCUGCCAUACCCUGCGCCAGCGGCUGGUGCGGAAAGGUAAUCGAGGGCGGCGGCACCUACGCCAUCGACGACUACGACCUUGCCAUCCAGCGCAUGUGCGUCCAGCGCGGCCCCGACGACAACAUGGACCGCUGCGCCGACACCAUCUACAACUACAAGAAGGUCUACAUGUGCUUCUGCCAGGGUGAUCUCUGCAACAAGGGCCACAGCUGGACGCAGCCCUCAGGCCGACUGGUGCUCCUGUUCCCUCUUUUGGCAGUCCUUGUGCCGGUCUGUCGUCUACUCUGAUGCACUUAAUUAGCCUUAAGCCUAGGGAAA